CGUCCUUAACCCGGAAUAACUUAGUCACUCUUCUGCAUAUACUAUCGGGUGGUCUGGCAUCGAAACCACACGUUCGCUGGUGUUAGGCGGACUUCUUGGAAGGAAGCGACUUUAUGUGCACUCAUAACAUGGCUGUGGACAGUUUCGGUGGACCAAUGGUUUGCGGUUUGUCUUCUAGUGACGCAGAGCGUAGUUUAAGGGUGGAGACAGCGGGGAUUUAAGGGCGUCACACGACAGUAGGUCGACUUCAUACCACCAGGAAGGAACCAGAGAGCCAUGGAAGAGGAGGAGAGUCGCCUGAGGCGCCGCCUCGUGAACCUGUUGAAGUUUGAGGGAGAAGACAGGGUGCGGCACUUCCUGAGAAAGACCCUCCCCGCCGCGCACGGCGCCUUUACGUCACUGACGUUAUCUGACGUACUGCAGACCAACAAGUCCGUCAUGGACGACCUCCUGAACGGCACCAACGGGAGACGCAAGGUGCUGAGCGGAGAACAAUAUGACCUCUUGUUUCCUGUAAGCGGUCACGUGAGCCCGGGAUCUUUAGACAUCGCCGUUAUGUUCCUGCUCAUUCGCUACCUGUGCCAAACAAGGUCCAUUGCCUGGGAGGGCUGGGACGUCUACCCCUCUCCUACGCACAAAACACCGGUCCACGACAUCGUACGGGUUCACAGCAUAUACCAGGACCUGGUCGUCAAGGCAACAACGAUCGUGACGUCAGACAGUUUCAGCAGCCUGUGGGACGAACUGUCGUCUGCGAUCCUGAGACUAGGCGGCCUGAGAGACCGAGUGGAGAGGUGGAAAAAUGAAGUACCGGCAAGUGAACUCCCCGCCAGGGAACGAGAACCUGACUCGUCCCCAGGUUCACCUGUGGGUGCAUGUGCUGCCCCGGCCUCGUGGUCAGAUCCCUAUCCAUCUGAAGGUCAGUGUGGACUCACAAGGUCAUUCAGCUGCGAGUCAGACGCCAGUUCGGAAGGCAGCGUGCUGUAUUCAGGGGAAGGGCUGCCGCCUAGUGAGUCUACAAACCCCAAGCAGGCACAGCCAGCCAGUGCCGCAGCGGCCCCUAGCGGAGUUCAGCAGUACUACCUGAGCAACGUGCAGAACGUACAGAUCGGCAUGCAGACCCAGAUGAGUAUCGCUUCCGAAGGCUCGCAGAACAGAACUUCAUCGGAGAUAGCAGCAGAGGAUCAUCUGGAGCUGGUCCUGGCGUCCUGUCGGUCCGUCCUCCGUGUCGAGUACAAGCGGAACCUGAGCCGCAUUCAGCCCCUGCCGUGGAACAGGAGCUUCUGCGUGCCGAUAGAUGACGUGUACACCAACCUGGACCUGCUGGAGGAGACCAUGGAGGGCUUUAAGGUUAAUCGUGUAAGCCUUGCGUCCAUGGAAGAUAUCUUCCGACCGAGGAAGAAACUGGGAAGGCGCCGGCCUCUGAGGAUCGUGAUGCAGGGUCAGGCAGGAGUGGGGAAGACGACGUCACUGACCAAACUGGCCGUGGAUUGGUCAAUGGAGAAGGUCCAGGCCUUAAAAAGGAUCAACCUCACUUUCGUGUUGAGACUGCGUCUGAUUGGUCAGGAAAUGAGCAUCAUAGACGCCAUCUUUGACCAGCUGAUGCCGAAGGGUUUCCCCUUCACGAAGGAAGACUUGGCAAAGUGCCUGGUAGAGAAGCAAGACCAAGUGCUGAUCCUGCUAGACGGGUACGACGAGUUCGACGCGGCAAGGUGCCCCGAAAUCGCGGAACUGUUGAAGGGGAGGAUGUAUCCUAGGGCGGUCGUCAUGACGACGACACGCCCAUCGAAGGUUGACGAGAUCCAGCCCACAGCAGACACGGUGGUGGAGAUCACCGGAUUCUCACCAGAAAACGUGAGGCAAUAUCUGCAGCGGCAUUUUCAAGGUCAGGGGGGCAAAGUUCAGGAGCUCCUGCAGCACCUGGAGCCACACAUCGCCAACAGGGGCAUCGCAACCAUCCCGAUGUUCACCAUGCUCAUCAGCGUGCUGUACGAGGACAAGCCUGACAUCGUCCUGCCGGCAACCAUCACCGGGCUGUACCAGGAACUCAUGAGCUGCAUCAUCAAGCGGUACCGGGUUAAACAUGGCGAAGGCGUAGAAGGAAGUGGAGACAUGACUAGCGUACUAGAGGUUGUAAGCAAGGUUGCCUUCGAGUGCCUGUUGUCUGACAGAGUGUCCUUCGGAGAAGCGGAUCUGCUAGAUAAGACCAAGGAAGGGCAGGUGGCAGAACUUGGCGUUUUCACUUACGACGAUAAACAGGCGCACAGCAGGGUCAAUGGCGGCCGCCACCUUACGUUCUCGCACAAAACCAUUCAGGAGUACCUGGCUGGUUGUCAUCUAGCCAGCAUACUCACUACGUCAAAGAGGGAGACGAAGAAGUAUCUGACUAGCCUCGACACACUACAGCGUGCGUCCGAGUUGAAGUACGCCAUCUUGUUCGCCUGUGGUACUUCGGAACGAGCAGCGACGGUGUUAAUCGAGCAUCUCCUCCGCAUCUGGAAAAACUCUCCCGGCGAAACUAAGAAGCAGAAGCAACAAGACUUCGUCAAACUCAGCAUGCAGUGUCUGUACGAGAGUAAGGCAAAAGACAGGAUACAGCUCCCAGUGUUGGAACUGUUUCCCUCGGGGAAGGUCGAAUUCUAUGACGUGAGCGCCGAUGUGGUGAAGUACCUCGCCCACUACCUGCAACACCUGAAACAAGUCGAGGCAGUCACCGAGGUGAGUCUGGGAGACGUGCGGGGCACCUCGCUCCAAGACGCCGACGAUCUUGGGACAGCGCUGCAAGGUCUGAAUGUCAUGCACACACUCCGAGUGUCUAGAAGUCCGCAUUUCAAGAUAAAGCCUAUUAUCGAGAAGCUUGAGAAAAUGCCAUCGCUCCAGCAUCUGUAUCUCUGUGGCAUGAAUCUCGGACAAGAAGGUAAGACGUUAGCUGUCGCACUGAAGCGAAUGCACAGAGCAAAAAGAACACCCAGGACACUGCGCGUGGCAGACAACAACCUUUCCCAAGAGGCGUCGGAGUCGCUGCUGACGGCGAUCGGAAAGCUGACUUCCCUGACAGAUAUAGAUGUAUCUGUCAAUGACCUGGGAGAUACUCUGGAGACGUUGAGUGGCAGCCUUCAGCAUUUGAGUGAGCUUCGAACCCUGAACCUCCGAGAGUCUGGCCUGACACAGAAAGCGUGUGUUGCGCUUGGAAGCGCGUUCAAGACGUGUCCGUUAGGUAAUUUGGAAGAGUGUAACCUGGAGGGGAAUCAAGUCGAUGACCGUGCAAGCGUCCAGGUGCUGCUAGAAGGCUUAGGUGCCCUGAUGAACCUGCGCAAUCUCAACCUGAAAGGCUGUCGGAUUGGGCCGGACGGCGCCGUGACGCUUUCGGGGAGUCUGCAGAAACUGGCUCACCUGAAAGUCGUGAAUUUGGAAGGGAACGGGCUUGACCUUCGCGCUGCAAAGAGCCUGUUCACAUCACUGCACCACUGCCCUGACCUAGAAACGGUCGACUUGAACACCAACUUUCUCGGGAGCCAGGGAGUUGGAGAGUUCGCUGCAAACUUCGAGAAGACUGGAAGUCUAACAAGUCUCAACCUGUCACACAACGUGGUGGGGGACGAGGGUCUGGAAGCGGUUUCGAGACACGCCCACCACCUGCAACACCUGCAGUACCUGGAGCUGAGUGACAAUCCCGUAACGAACGACGGAUUCGGGGCAUUCUUUAAGAGUCUGCCCACGAUGGCGGCCCUGAAGGAGUUGGAUGUGUCCGGUCCGUACGGAGGCAAACUAGACGCGACUGACGACUGCGUGGAACACUUAGCACAAGCGUUGUCCAGGCUUCCAAGCUUAGAGGUNUUGCAUCUCCGACGCGUUGCCAUGACAUCCGAUGGGUUUGACACUUUCAUGGAGGCAGCGGAGAGUCACGGCAAACUUACAAAUGUGUCAUACAGGAGGGAGAAUCUUCCGCCGCUGUCAGCCUACAGUGACUCCAAAUUGUUGGUGCUCUGGUGACCACCACUAUACUGACUUCUGGUCAAAAUAUGUAUCUUUAUAAGCGAGACGUUUGUAUCAUAUCACGUCAUGUCUUAUAAUGUCAUGUACAUAUCAACUGUUAUGUACAUUGUUGCUAGUUGUAAUAAACUCUCUAUGUUAAUGCUCGAUAGAAUGAAAGUACAAUUGAGCCCAAUGUAAAAAGCCAUGAAUAUCAUUUAGCAAUACUUUGUAUCAUAGCCUCUCAUAUUUUAUAUAUAUUAUAUUUCUACGUCUUCUUUCUGUACCAUCGUACAAUAUACUGGGCACGCGAUGGUCGUUCUUUUUGUGUUUUGUGGUAUUGUACGUAAACAUAGUAGAGUAAUAUGAAAUGUGAUGAUUUCAACUUCUGUCUUUUAGAAUAAUGGGUUCAAAAAUUGCAGCAUUUGUAAUAUAAUUCUAGGUGUCGACCCAUGACCAUGUGAAGGAAUAUACAUUAAUGUUUGUGAAAUAAGAGGAAAGAUUUCAUAAAUACGAUACAAUACCAAGUAGGUCAUGAA